UAGCGCUCUACCGCCGCUGCACCACAGAAGAAGUAACAUAGUAGCUGCAUGCCCGUGACGAUGGCGGCCGCCCUGAGAGGAAGCUUGGUAACAUUGGUCAAGGGCCUGAGCAGCCCCCGGUGGCAGCAGUUGGCCUCUCGACCACUGAGUGUGUCUGCUGCUCUCUGUGGCCCAGAAGCCCCGCCGGCCCGAGCUGAUGCUACCUUCAAGGUGACCAUGGUUCCAGGGGAUGGAGUGGGACCUGAGCUGAUGACUGCUGUCAAGGAUGUGUUCAAGGCAGGAGAUGUCCCAGUAGAAUUUGAGGAGUUUCACCUGAGUGAGGUGCAGAACAUGGCCAGUGAGGAGAAGCUGGAGCAAGUGUUGACCUCUAUGAAAACCAACAAAGUGGCAAUGAAAGGAAAGAUUCACACACCCAUGGAGUUCAAAGGGGAGCUGGCUUCAUAUGAGAUGCGACUGAGGCGUAAACUGGACCUGUUUGCUAAUGUGGUUCAUGUGAACAGCCUGCCGGGCUACAGUACACGCCACAACAACCUGGACCUGGUCAUCAUCCGCGAACAGACUGAGGGCGAGUACAGUUCCCUGGAGCACGAGAGUGUGACGGGUGUGAUCGAAUGUUUGAAGAUCAUCACCAGACAGAAGUCACGGCGCAUCGCCAAGUUCGCCUUCGAUUAUGCCACCAAGAAGGGCCGAAACAAGGUCACCGCCGUCCACAAGGCUAACAUCAUGAAAUUAGGUGAUGGCCUGUUUCUGCAGAGCUGUGCGGAGGUGGCACAGCUGUACCCCAAAAUCAAAUAUGAGAACAUAAUCAUUGACAACUGUUGCAUGCAGCUGGUCCAGAACCCAUACCAGUUUGAUGUGCUGGUGAUGCCCAACCUCUAUGGCAACAUUAUUGAUAACCUGGCAGCGGGGCUGGUUGGAGGAGCAGGAGUUGUUCCUGGGGAAAGCUACAGUGCAGAGUAUGCUGUGUUUGAGACUGGUGCACGUCACCCCUUUGCACAAGCUGUAGGAAGGAACAUCGCCAACCCUACAGCCAUGCUGCUCAGUGCUGCUAACAUGCUCAGACACCUUAACCUGGAAUAUCACUCCCAAAUGGUGUCAGAUGCUGUCAAGAGGGUCAUCAAACAGGGCAAGGUACGGACACGAGACCUUGGCGGGUACUCUACCACUGGCGACUUUGUGCAUGCUGUUGUGGAAAACCUGCGUCACCGACCCGUUUACUAAGAUGUUUCACUGCGAUUUCUCUCGAAUCUGGACAUUGUUCUUAACAUGAACUGGACGCAUGUUAAGACUCAUCUCCCCUCUCACUGCCAAAUGACAGUUGUGCCACACCAUCCAAUGUUAUACCAAUGGUGCUGUACAUUACAAAAACGCACACCAUUUAUCUUCAUUGUUACUGUCUAUCAGACUAUCUUUCUUUCCGUUUUGUGUCACUGUGGUUGUUGUGUUUCAGCCAUGUUGGCCUUAAAUGCUACCUCUCUGCUGUCACACAUUGUUAGAACUGUCUGCAAAACAACCUGUCUGCCGUUAUCAACAGUUCAUAUCAGCUGCUUUACUUUUGCAUCACAUUCACCACCAACCUUUUAGGUUUGUUUUUUUUGAUUAUCUAAUCAUUCCUAGCUGAAACAUCUAAUGACAGACUGCUGCUGACACUGCUACAUCAUGACACUUUAUACCUUAACAUUUCUUAGUAUUUUUAAUAUUUCAUCCAAAAAAAUACUUUUCUUGUUGGUAAUGCCGUUAAUAUAUUUUCAUUGUCAUUUCAACCAAAAGAAAAGUCAAUUAAAGCAAAAAAGUCCUUUCAUGUUUUCCUCCAUCAGUUGUAAAAUAACUGCCAAGUGUAUAACAAAUUGAGAAUUUUUAUAAUAAUUCUACAGUUUAGUGAUACAGCCACAGACAAUCUCACUAUGUGAUGAUCACAGUGUUCUUACAGUUCGUACUGUUUACUGAGAGUGGCGCAGUGCACUUCUAGUCUAGGUUAAAUUAUGAAUUGAUAUUUUAUAUUUAAAUUUUAAAAAUGUUAUAUUUAAACAAUUUCCAUAUGAACAAGCUUUGUAAAAGAUGGAAUUGUCCAUGCCACUAACGCUGUAAGCUUUUGCCAUGCUUGUUUACAGCGUGCUACAGUUUAACAGACAUCACAAGUAUUCAGUUGUUAACCACAAAUAAUAAAAGAUGGAGUAACAUAAGUGCUGAUUGUUUUGUUUUUUUUAACUUUCUGGAAUAUGUACACCACCUGCAGUGUAAAGAGUGUCAUGUCCUUUUUUGAUUAUCAGAUUUAGGGUUUGUUUAUUCCAGAUCUUUUAUGGAGAUUUCAUACUUGCAUAUUAAAGCUUGUCACAAGUG